AUGGUCAACUACGAUAGUGAUUCUUCAGGAGAGGGGGAGGAUUAUACCGAGACUGAUGUUCUUCUCGGGUAUACAUCUAAGGAGGCAGGAGCAGAAACAGUCAGCCGUCUUGGUGGCCGUCCUGACUGGAUAAUAGCAGACAGACCGCCAUCAGCGGCUCUAGCAAGAUGCAAAGUUUGCAAGGACCUCAUGGUCCUACUGCUCCAGCUUAACGGAGAGCUUCCGGAACGUUUCCCAGGUCAUGAGAGGCGACUCUACGUAUUCGCUUGCAGAAAAAAGACAUGUCGGCGGCAGGAGGGCUCAAUCCGCACCCUUAGAGGCCUCAAGGCAUCUGUCGUCUCGAACCCUCCUGCUGCGGCGGCAAAGGCACCGGUGGAAAAGCCCCCAGCAGCCAAGGCCGCGCAGCCUAGCACCGGACUGGGCGAGUCUCUAUUUGGGGUCAAGCCAUCCACUGGCGCCAGCUCCGGGGCCGCAAACCCCUUUGCGAACCCGUUUUCGACAAAACCACAGCCAGUCGGAGGAGCCAACCCCUUCAGCACCGCUAGCAGUAAACCGGAAGCACCACCUGCCCCCGAGGCGGCACCCGCAAAGCCAGAAGCCGAGACCAAGACCCUACCGGCGACUUUUGCAGAGAAGCUGAACAUUAACAACACACAACAACCCCCGGCCGGGCCGCCAUCCCCGCCGGAACCAUGGCCCGCAGAGGAUUCACAGCCCAAGCCCUACCCGAUCUCGUGGAUCUCGGACGCCGAGUACGAAACGUUAGAGCCGACGCCGAUGCCACGCGUGCCCACGGUCUCGAUGGACAUUGACGACCCGGCGGCCGGCGGCUCCAGUGGCAAAGAGGACAAGGUGGUCUUUGAGAGCAGCAUGGACGCGCAGUUUCAAAAGUUUGCGGACCGCGUCGGCGAGAACCCGGAGCAGGUCAUUCGCUACGAGUACGGCGGCAACCCGCUGCUGUAUAGCAAGGACGACAAAGUCGGCAAGGCGCUGGAGGCUGGCAAAAUACCGUCUUGUGGGAACUGUGGCGCCGGUAGGGUAUUUGAGGUGCAACUUGCGCCGCAUGCCAUCACGGAGUUGGAGCGGGAGGAGGACGGGUUGGAUGGGAUGGAUUGGGGUACUGUGAUUGUCGCAGUUUGCUCCAAGGAUUGCCAGGAGAGGGGCGUAGGGGAGGCCGAGGUUGGUUACGUCGAGGAAUGGGCUGGGGUGCAGUGGGAGGAGCUCACAAUGAAGAGGUAG